UUACAAAUGAAAAAUCAAAUAAAACAAUACGAAAUUGAUAAUAAAAAAUUAAAUGAUGACCUAGCUAAUUUAAUGAAUACUUUAGAUACUUUAGAACGUGAAAAUUUAAUAUUUAAAAAUAAUACAAAUAAGUCAAGUCAGCUUGAGCUUAUAAUUGAUGAACUUGACAAUUGGAAAAAUAAGUACAAUAAAUUAACAAUAGAAAAUAAUACAUUAAAAAAUGAUUUUGAAAGCUUAAAUGAUAAAUUCAACAACUUGAAUGACAAUAUAAAAAUUGAAGAAGAAAAUAAUAUGUCACGUAUGUCAUUCAAAGUACCAAUUUUAGAUGACAAUAACUUGACAUUAUUAUUUGAAUUUAUUAAAAAUACAAUCAACAAUCAAUUACAAGAUAUUCAACGUGUUGGAGAUAAUGAUAGCCAAAUAAAACAUCAAGAAUGGACUGAAAAAUCAAUAUCAAAUUUACCGAAAAAUUUAACAAAUAUUAUCUCUAAAAAUCCAUUAGUACAUGAAAUUAUAAAUUUAAUGGAUAAUUUAAGUUUUAUUAUAUCAAAAAUGAAUUCACCAGUUAUUCAAAAAAUUGAGGAUACUAAAAUGACAAUGAAAUCUGAACUGUCAAAACCUAGGGAAAUGAAAAAUUCAUUUGAUCCAGAAACUUGGUUAAAGUCACUUACAUUUUCGCAACUUGUUGAUGUUCAUGAUUUAAUAUGUGAUUUAACAUCGUCAAUUGUUGAUAGAAACAAUGACAUUUGUUGUUGUUCAAAAAAAUCUGAGCUUGCAAAAAAACCAAAUCGAAAAUUACUUGAAAUGAAUUAUGAAAUUCUUAGCCGAAAAAUUGUGGAUUUAGAAGAAAAACAAUCGAAAAAAGAUAGACAAGUACAUGAAUUACGAUAUGCAUUGGACAGAGAAAAAGCUGAGCUUGCGAAAAUAUCAAAUGAAAUUAAUAGAAAAAAUAAAAUUAAUGAAUUUAAUGAUGCAUCAGUAUGUCGCAUCAAUAAUUGCAUGGCUAAAUGUAGUAAACAUCCAAAUUUUAAUUCAAAAUAAAAAUAUUUAAUUGAACAAACAAAA